UCAACUCAAGCUCUGUAGAACCACCCACGCAAAACAAAAUUUUAGGUCAGGUCUUCUAUUUGUGUCAAGCCAACUCCACCGCUUAAUAACCUUGUACUUUUUCACAGGGUGACACUCUGAAUGUAAAAUGUAACUGAAAGCAGAUCAUUUUUAUGACAUGAGCUUUUUUUUAAACAUCCUAUUAGGUUUUCAUUGCUGGGUUACUAACAAUUCAUGCACUUCUACCAGCAACCACAGUACAGCUGCUGUAAAUAUUAAUAAGCCUCCUCUAAUAAAUAAAUGAAAACCUUGGGUGAAGAAAUGCACACCUUCUUCAUAUGAAACAAAUGCAAUGUAUCUGAAUUUGUGUAUACUGAUCAGUCAGUGUAUGCUUAUGUAAAUGCACCAGCAUUUAUAACUGACGUCUUUUAAACAGUGUAACACAGCGCUCAGUGUCCUCUGAUGCAAAGCGUUACUGUGGAGUCACGCCCGGCAACAUCAGUCUGACAGCUCGUUGCCAGGACGAUGCCAAGGGGGAAGGGUCUGAAGAAAAUGGCAACACAGGGAAGCAGAUUACAUAAUGAUAAACAAAACACGAGGUGUUUCCCCUAUCCCCCGCUAUGGCUGUGUCCUUCUCUUUUCUCUCCUUCUUUCCUUCCUUUCCUUUCCUUUGCUCUUCAUCUUUUUUUUCUCCUUUCUGUCUCAAUGUCCUUUCUCUCCUUUAUUGCUCCUUCCUUCUUCCUUUCACUCACUCUUCCCUGUCAUUUCUCCUUUUUAACUUUCCUCACACCUUCUUUCCUUUCCUUCUCUUCCUGCCUUCUUUUGCCCCAACCUCCAUCCCUCCUUUCAAUCUCCCCUUCAUUUUUCCUUUCACAUUCCCUCUUUCCUUCUCAUCACCCUCCUUCAAUCUAAAGUCUUCCUUGUCACCCCUCCAUCUCAUUCUCCCCUUCCUUCCUUACUUGUUCACUUCCCUCUACUCCCUUCCUUGUUACCCUCCCUGCUUUAUAUCCAUACCCUCCUCCCUCGUUCCUCUCUAGCCUUGAAGGAAAGCCAGCUAUUCGUCAGGAUGAUGUAUCCUAGCAACAGUGACAUCCGGCCCAUUCAGCAUCAGGAUGAACCAGAUUUAAUUUUUGGAUGAGGAGGAGAGGGAUUGUGAUUGGACGGAGUGGAAGGGAGAGAAGGUGUGAGGAUACCAGAUUUUGUUUUUGAACAGUGUGUAGACAUGGCAACUGCCGGCAUCUUCCUCUCUGAAGAUCAGUUUCUGUGCUCCAUCUGUCUGGAUGUGUUCACUGAUCCAGUCACCAUACCAUGUGGACACAACUUCUGCAAGAACUGCAUCACAGAACACUGGAAUGUUAAUGUCCAAUGCCAGUGUCCUAUGUGUAAAGAGCUUUUUGACAGAAGAGCAGAACUGCGGGUCAACACCUUCAUAUCUGAGAUGGCUGCUCAGUUCAGACAGUCAGCUAUAAAGAAAGGUGGUAACUUCUCAAAGCAACAGUGUUCCAACCCAGAGGAAGUUCUCUGUGACGUCUGCACUGGAACCAAACUGAAGGCCCUGAAGUCCUGCCUGGUGUGUCUGACCUCCUUCUGUAAGAUUCACCUGGAGCGUCAUCAGAGAAUCACAGGCCUGAAAAGACACAAGCUGAUCGAUCCUGUGGAGAACCUGGAAGGCAGGAUGUGUAAGAAGCAUGAAAGACCUCUGGAGCUGUUCUGCAAGACUGACUAG